AUGAAUAAAUUAUUUAAAAUAGUAACAAUAUUAUUAAUUUUAGUAAAUAUUAUUUAUUGUAAUGAAAAAUAUUAUUUUAAAAUUAGUUGGAGUGGUAUUAAAUGUUUAAAUAAACAAGAAAAUUCAUGUAAUCAAUAUAGUAUUGAAAAAAUUAAUAAUAAAACUCAACAACAACAAUUAUUAUUAAAUAAAAUAUCAAUUAAUAAAUUAAUAGUAAAUGAAAAAUCGCCAUUAUCAAAAAUUAAACAUUUCUUUAUAAAUAAAGAAUCAAAUAAUAUAAUUGUGUAUGGUAGUAUUGUGAAGAAUAUCAAUGGAAAUGAUUUAAAUGUUAUUAGAGUUUAUAAACAGUUGCCAUUAGGUAAUAAAAUUGAAAUUACUGAUAAAUAUUAUACAUUAAAUAAUUCGAAUUUCCCUUGUUUGAAUAGAACCAAUAAUGGAGGGAAACCAUGUUAUCAAUUAAUAUCAACAUUGGUUAAUUAUAAUAAUAAUUAUAAUAAUUAUUUAAUUUCAAAGAUAAUUUAUCCAUUUCAAGAAAAUGUUGGUAAAUAUUUUGAUAACAAUUGGUUAAAUUAUAAAUCUGUAAUUCAAGAUCAUUCAAAAUUAAUUGCAUUGGGUACAAUUAAUAAUAAUAAUGAAAUGGUUGUUUCAAAUGCUUAUAUAAACAUUCCUGAUCCUAUUGAAAAAUGUAUACCACCAAAAUCAAUAAAAUGCAACUCACAAUCAAUUAUUACAAAUUCAAGAGAUUUUAAUAGAUGUUUAACAAAUUCAACUUGUACUCCACUUGCCUUUAAUGGUAAUACUACAGUAGUAAUCCCCAUUUACCCAACUUGUCCAAAAGGUUAUUAUCUUACUUUUUUUACAGGAAAUAAUGGUGGAAAAUUAGAAUUUAAUUGUGAUGCUAAUUUUUUAACAGAUACUUAUUAA